AUGUCGGUCGGCGGCAAGUCGAACGGCGAGAGCGCGACGCGCCGUCAAUCGACGGAAGCGGCGUCUCGAGAAGCGCAGUCUCCAACGCGCGACGGUCCGCGAAUUUUAGGGUUGGGUGAACGCAUCAGCGGAAGCGGGCGGAAGAGAGAGCAGGCGGAGCCGAGUCCGCUUGACGGCUUGCAGUUGAGGGGCGGGGGAGGGGGUUGCGGCGGUCAGGGCUUUUCGUUUUCCCCUGUCGGCAAUCCCGAGGGUCAUCAGAAGCGGCAGGAGACGAACCCUCGGGGAUGUGCGGAUGGGGUGACUGCAGGCAAUGUGACUAUAGGCGUGGGAAGUCGAGGAGACGGUCAGUACAACGGGGGGAGGUUGCUGGGAGGGGAGGAUGCCAGGGGUGUGAUUGAAACGAGACCGUCAGGAUUCGUGCGGGAGGAGAGGGAGAAGGAAUCGUCAAAGGGCGAUGAGCGCGAGAAUGAGAGGGAGGGAGAGGAGGCGGCACGGGACGAGGUUAAGAGGGGAAGAGAGCGCGGAUGGGAGGGGUGGGAGAAGAUGGUGGGGGCAGGAGACGAGCUCUGCCCGCACGAUCAGCAGCAGCAGCAGCAGCAGCAGCCAUCGCAGAACGUGUCUGGCGGCGACGCGCAUCGGCAUGUGGAGUAUCGAGUCACGGCGUGCGAGGAGGGGCGCCGCCCGCCCGCGUGGAAGCCGGCGGGUUUCGCGGGCCACUUAAAGCCCGACGACGACCUCACUCUUAAAGCGUUCCUCAAAGGCGGCAAAAGGCGGCCCGGGGUGAGCGCAGUGCGCGGCGCGCAGACGUGGCGGGCGGACAAGAUUGCGGACGCGUGGCGGAAGGCGGAGGGGCUUGCGGAGAUGGAGCGCGUGCGGCGGGAGCAGGCGGGACGGGGCGCGCAUCCCACCUCGGGUUCCGCAAACCCGCUCGUUACCACUACGGCGGCUACGGUUUGCUCCAUUCAGCGUUUCCCUGCUGCGGGCAGCCCCGCCGCCUUCUUCUCUCCCUACGCCAGUGGAGGCGCCGCUGUGAAGGACAGUGCCGCGCCAGAGGGGAGGCUUGCGCGGAGCGACAGCGCGCGGAAGGGCAAAGCGGCGGUUGCGGACGAGCCUUUCGCGCCCGGCUUCGGGUUUGAGCGGUGCGCCAGCAGCGAGUGCACUGGCGGAUCGUCGCAGGGGGAGAGCUCAAGGUCGCGCGGAGGGGGAAAGGCGCGCGGGCAGGGGAAGAGGCGCAAGGGCUCGCGCUUGUCGGGCGGAGGGGAGCGGAAGGGGAAGGUGAAGACUGCUGGUGCUGCUGCAGGCGAUGCUGCUAUUGGCGCUGACGUUACUGCUCCGACCGAUUUGAGCACUGGGGGGAAGGCGUCCGCGCAAGGCGCUAAAAGCGGAGGGGGGAGGGAGAAGCGCGGAGUAGAUGCGCGCGCUGACGUGGCAGGAAAGGGCGCGGCGCAGCAGAGCGAGAAGGCGAAGCAGAUGGAGCGGAACCUCAAGGUAGCUUCCGCGCAGCUUCUCACCCUGCAGAAAUGGGACGAGGGGUCAAGAGACCUAGCUGUCCGAUGGGCCGUAUGGCUCCUAAGGCUCAUUCGCAAGUCCGCUCCCACGCCCCCCCCGCCCUCGAUCCGCCUCCUCCUCUUCUCCUCUAUCCUCAUGACUCUGCCUCGGAUAGCCGACUCCCUGCUCCCCCUCACCUCCCUCCCGGGCCUCGCCUACUCCCCAGCGUCAGCCUCGGCAGGAGGCUCGGUGAAAGGCUUGGCAGGAGGUUCGGCUGUGUCCGAGGUGGUGAGGCAGAUGCUUCGGAGCGUGUGUGCGCUGGUGGGGGCGGUGGGGAGGAGUCAGGUGUGUUUCUCCCCCCUGCACUGGGAGAUUCUACAGGAGCCGUUGGAUCGGUGCAGAUCGCUCCAUGCUUCUGUCUCCAGAGCUACUGCUCAUGCCAAGCCCACACCCAGCGCCGCUGCUGCUGCGGGGGCGGCGCCAGCGGCAGCGGUGGCGGUGCCUGCUACAGCUGUGAAACCUGCUGCUGCUGUUGAUGUUUCCACUGCUCGUGCAGCCGCUACAGCUCCUGCGGUGGCAGCAGCAGCAGCAGCAGCAGCAGCGUCAGAAGUUGCUGGCGCCAUGGCUCCUAUGACUGUGCAGCAGCGUCCCAAGCAGGGGCAUCACGGUCUGGACCUCGCUCUGUCUGCACCCGCAGAAGCAGCAGCUGCUCGUGCUCCUGCUACUCCUGCAUCGCUGGCUGCAGCUUCUGCAGUCAACCCGCUCGCACACCAACCAGCGCCGCCCCUGAACGCGCACUCGCACCGUGCGUUUGGGUCGGCGCAGCGGCGGCGGCAGAGGGCGGUGGAGCAGCAGGCCAAGGAGCUCUGCAGCGGCCUCUUCUCCCCGUACGGGCGGCAGGCCGUGUCUGGUAGCGGCGCCAGUAGCAAACGAUCAGACGGUCCUGCCCCUCCUCUUCCUCCCCCUCAUGUUACUGCCACCGCCGCCGCUGCCGCCGCCGCUGCUGCUUCUCCCUCUCCUAGUGCGUCUGCCCCAGCAGCAGCAGCAGCGGCGAGCAGUGGUCGCAUGCCCAGAGCCACAACAACCUCAACCAAGGAUGCGUCAGGGCAUAAGAGCACGGCAGCACGUGCAGGCGCAGCAGCCCAUGCAGGCACGUCGGUGUGGCUGGGAACCCCUCUGGCGGCUGGCAUCGGGGCGAAGAUCGCCGUGGGCGGGAGGGGCAGCGCCAGUGCUGUUUACCGCGAGCUCUCAUCCCGCUGUGGGUCCUCUGGGGGGUGGAAGAGCGGAGGGGAGGGGAGUGUGGGAGAGGAGGGGAUGGAGGAGGGGGAGAGUGUGAGGGAGGUAUCAGUGGGUGCUGGAGGGGCGAAGAGAGUGAGGGAGGGCGAGGCAGGGGGGUAUGCGGAGUGGAGUGCCAGGAAUGUGGCGCAGACCGAGGCGACAGCAGCAGCAGCAGAUGCCAAGGAUGGCGAUUGCAGCAUUGGUGCCGGCGCCUCUGUCGGGGCCACAGCAGCCAACGGGAGCAGCAGCGCAGGGCAGGGCACAGAGAUCAAGAUUGAGAUGGACGUGAACGGCUGUGAUGAUGCCGCGGCCACAGCCACAGCCACAGCCACUGGUGAAGAGGCGUGGGAGGGGGGCUUGGAUCCCGCUGUAGCAGCCAAGGUCGCCUCUCUCUCGUCCCUCUUCUCCUCCCGCUAUUCUUCGCCCCCGCUCUCCCCCUCCCUCUCCCCCUCCGCCUCCCCUUUCCCCUUUCCCGUUCCCAAUUGCGGGCCAACCCGCCCCUCUCUGUCUGCCUUGGGGAGUGCAUACACGUACACUGGGUGCACAUCAGGCCACACGUGGGUGCAGGAGGGGGGUGAGGGGAGUCAUAUGGUGUCCCGGCCGCGAUCGAGGAAGAAGAAGAUGGCCAAGCGGGAGUGA